CUGGGGGAGGCUGCCGACGUCUGUGGACUCCUAAGGUCGUUUCCUCUGGCCAGAGGGGAGGCACAGAGUCCAGAGAGGGACGCCUCAUUCCGCUCCCGCUCUAAGAAGGAUCCGGAUUGCAGCACAGAAAUAGGAGUCCCGAUGGGUAGGGCCAGGUUUCUGCCACUCGGGAGGCCAGCUUAACCAGUCGGUUCCGGGCGGAAGCUGGCCGGGACAGUGGGAGCUCGGGCUCCGAGUGGCAGGGGCGGCCGACGAGGAUCCUGCACCCAUCCAGGCGGUUGACGCCUGCGGGUGGGUUUUGAGGACAGGACGACCCUGGUGAAAGCUGAGGGAGAAGGUUGGGAGAGGGCCUUGGAUCCCGCUGUGCGGAGCCGGCUGUAGCUCAGAGCCCUCAUUCUGGUCAGUGGCAAUGGAGCUGAGCCAGCAGCCAGCAGGCCGGUUUAUAUGGGCAAGUCUAGCCUCCACCUACCCACGCCCCCAGCUCAGCGAACCCUUCCCCCAAAUCUUCCCUGAUAUCGACUGAGAACAACCUGCCUCCUGCUGGGACUGGAGGGUGCUGUCAUUAAUCCAGACCAUUAAAGAGCUGCUGGAUCUGAAUGGUCAUGGGGGAGGCCAGUAGAGAGGAGUAUAAAAUCCAGUCUUUUGAUGCCGAGACCCAACAGCUUCUGAAGACAGCACUCAAAGAUCCAGGCGCUGUGGACUUGGAGAAAGUGGCCAAUGUGAUUGUGGACCAUUCUCUGCAGGACUGUGUGUUCAGCAAGGAAGCAGGACGCAUGUGCUACGCCAUCAUUCAGGCAGAGAGUAAACAAGCAGGCCAGAGUGUCUUCCGUCGUGGACUCCUCAACCGGCUGCAGCAGGAGUACCAAGCCCGGGAGCAGCUGAGGGCACGCUCCCUGCAGGGCUGGGUCUGCUAUGUCACCUUUAUCUGCAACAUCUUUGACUACCUGAGGGUGAACAAUAUGCCCAUGAUGGCCCUGGUGAACCCUGUCUAUGACUGCCUCUUCCGGCUGGCCCAGCCUGACAGUCUGAGCAAAGAGGAGGAGGUGGACUGCUUGGUGCUCCAGCUGCACCGGGUUGGGGAACAGCUGGAGAAGAUGAAUGGGCAGCGCAUGGAUGAGCUCUUUGUCCUGAUCCGGGAUGGCUUCCUGCUCCCAACAGGCCUCAGCUCCCUGGCCCAGCUGUUGCUGCUAGAGAUCAUUGAGUUCCGGGCGGCUGGCUGGAAGACCACGCCGGCUGCCCACAAGUAUUACUACAGUGAGGUUUCUGACUAGGUUUGGCUCAGUGAUUGCUCACUGCGGCACUGGUCUUUACUCCACCCUCCUCCUAAGAUGGCAAGACAGCUGCCUCUCCCAAAGGCUUUCCCUUUCUAGACUUCCACAUCUCCCCAUUUAUGCCAUAGUCCUCUCAUUCCCUUCCUCCACUCAGAGGUUGGCAGGGACACCAAACAGAUCUGCUCCCUCGGCUCAAGACUGAUCCCCUUUCCCCACAGCUCAAUCAGCCUCUCUCUUACCACCUUCCCCCUGGGCCAGUCAGAGAAGGGCAGUUUCUAACCACUGCACCCUAUAAUAAUUGGUGCAACAUAACCUUGGUGCCUCAGUUUCCCCAUAUGUAAAAUGGGUAAUCACAGUCAUCCAUAGGAUGUUUUGGGAUUUUGAGGAGCACAGAGCACAGCUCGUACCAGAAACUGCUUUUUAUACAUUUUGUAUAAAAACUACUGUGGAAACCAGCCUAUAUCCUCCAGCCAGUUUUAAUGAAUGGUAGUUCUUACAUAAUGUGUUAUACUAGUUCAGAUUAAAGAUUUUCUAAUAAUCA